AAUAUUUCGAAACACACGACCAUGGACCCACCAAUUACCGGUACCCAUCGUCCCGCCUGAACCUGAACAAAACAAAAGAAAAUCUCUCAAGUUUUGCACACAACAAUCACACAAACUCCAUGAUCUGAGCUCAUAUCCACCACCAUGCCGCCGCGAUACUUCAAGAACGACGCACCGCUCGCACGUCGAGACCCCCGCCGCCAGCUCGAAGCCUCCCUCACCCGCCUCGUCCUCGAACACCCACCCACCUCGAUCAAACCCGGCGGCGGGCUCUUCAAAGGCCCCAUCUCCGUCGCCUACCUCUUCCUCGUCCUCCAGCAAAUCUACUCCGACCUCCUCGUCGAAGACACACCCCUCGGUACCUGGUCCGCCGCCUACCUCCACCACGCCCAAGAACACAUCGCCAGCUACGCCGGUCCUUCACCGGGAAAAUGCGGCAUCACCGACGACAUUCUCGCGCUGCUGGCGAUUGGCGCGGCGAGUAGUAAAGAUGCGGACAUGGCGGCGAAUUUGUGUGAUUAUUCUGCUGAGGUGAUUGAUCCCGAGACGGAGAAUGAGCUCAUGUUUGGACGGGCGGGAUACCUUUACCUCCUGCGGUUGGUGAAGGCAAGUUUUAUGGAUGAUGCCAAGACGUUGCAGCUCAUCACGGAUACGCAGGAGGAUGUCAUUGAUGCGAUUCUCGACUCCCCACGGCCGUGGAAGUGGCAGGGGAAGACGUAUAUCGGAGCGAUUCACGGCGCGAUUGGGAUUCUGACGCAAGUGGUGCUGACGAAUCCGGGAAAGUACGCGGAGAAGUUGCAGGCGGAGUUGGCGGUGUUGUUGACGUAUCAGUAUGAAGGAGGGAAUUUCCCGGCGAGUGUGCCGCCGGAGAAGGAUCGUUUGGUGCAGGUUUGUCACGGGGCGCCCGGGGUGGUGUGUAGUUUGAUUAGUGUGGUGGAGUUUUAUGACGGGCCGUUGAGGGAGAAGAUUGAGAAGGCGAUUGUGAAGGGUAGGGAGUGUGUUUUGGAGAGGGGACUAUUGACUAAGGAGCCGUGUGUUUGUCAUGGUAUCUCUGGAAACGCCCUUGCGCUUGAGGAUUCAGACUUUGAGCACUUCCUCACCUACACUACGGGCCAUGAGAUGAAGUCGAUGGAAAAGGAUGGGAUGCUGGAGAAGUCUUCUGCGCCGGAGAGCCUGUUCUUCGGCGAAGCUGGAAGAGCCUGGACUUGGGCUGUCGCGGAUAAAGGCCUGCCGAAGCGGAUUCUGGGCUACAAUGAUCUUUGAGGUCCUUGUGGA